AAUGGAAUAAUUUUACAAUUAGAAAUUAAUGCUUAAACCAUAAAAUAAUUUGAGGUAUAACGAUACAGUAUCACAAAAAUACCCAACAUUUCGCUUGAAUAUGUACGUUAAUUCUCUACAAUUUUAAGAUGAGAUAUAAUAUCUUUUCGAUGUAUAUUGGUGAAAAAAUAACAGUUCUCAAUAUGUCAUCUCAAAUAUAACCUCUAAGUUUAUGUGUCAACAAUAAAAACAUUUAUUUACUAGAUUUAAGCAUAACAUAAAAGUUUAGAGUAAGGAAAAAAAUAGGUAGUUUGAGUAUAAUGGAUGAUAUUUUAACAAAAAAGGAAUUAGAUAACAUAAAACAAGAUAAUUUAGAAUUAGGCGAUAUACAUUCGGACGAAGAAAUUUUAGAGGAAGAUGAUGAUUCUCAUGAUAUGGGACUAGCAAUAGAAGAAAAUUUACGAGACUUCAGCUCAGAUUUCAAUAAUACCUCACAAAUUGUUGAAGUUAAACAAGAAGAUAUACUUGGCCUCGGUUCUGAUAUAAUACUACCUCAAGUAUCUCAAAGCCAAACUACCAAUUCACCAAAACAUAAAAAAGAGACAAAAACCAAGAAGGAAUUGGAAGAAGAAGAAAGAGAAAAGAUGCAAGUCCUAGUUUCGAAUUUCACAGAAGAACAGUUGGAUCGUUAUGAAAUGUAUAGAAGAUCAGCGUUUCCUAAAGCUGCUAUCAAAAGGCUGAUGCAAACAAUAACUGGUUGUUCUGUUUCUCAAAAUGUUGUUAUUGCUAUGGCCGGUAUAGCUAAAGUAUUUGUGGGAGAAGUAGUAGAAGAAGGAUUGGAUGUCAUGGACGAAUUGGGGGACACGGGACCUUUACAACCCAAACAUCUUCGUGAAGCUGUUAGGAGAAUGAGACGAUACGGUGGUAUUCCAAGUGGUAGAGACUAUAGAACACAUUAUCGAAUAUGAAUUAUUAAUUUUCUUUUUAAUUAUUAUUGUAUAAUAAAUUUUGUUUGGUAAA